GGAGCUCCCCGCGCUCCCCGCGUCACCGCGCUCGGCUAUAAAGCGCAGGCGGAGCGCAUCCCCCGGCAGCAGAGAUGUUCUACUCGGGCAUCCUCACGGAGCCCAGCAGGAAAGAAGUGGAGAUGAGGGAAGCGGCGUCUCUCCGGCAGCAGAGGAGGAUGAAGCAGGCGGUUCAGUUUAUCCACAAGGAUUCGGCGGAUCUCCUCCCUCUGGACGGGCUGAAGAAGCUGGGGACGUCCAAGGAUACUCAACCACAUAACAUCCUGCAGAAGCGCCUGCUGGAGACAAAUUUAUCCAAGUUCCGAGGCAGCCGAGGCAGCUGGGCUCCCAAGGGUGAUCUCUCAUCACAGGCCAACAAGCUGAACCAAACCAAACUGGGCAGCUCGGGCAAAACUGAGGAUGAAGAGCUCAUAGUGGUGAGCUGCCAGUGUGCGGGGAAGGAGCUGAAGGCCGUGGUGGACACCGGCUCACAGCACAACCUCAUGUCAUCUGCCUGCCUGGACAGGCUAGGGUUAAAGGAGCAUCUCAAAGCACUCCCUGUGGAAGAGGAGCUGGUUUCCUUGCCCAACAAGGUGAAAGCCAUCGGGCAGAUCGAGUGUCUGUCCCUCACGGUGGGAGCUGUCCCCGUGGAGUGCACUGCCCUCGUCGUGGAAGACAUCGACCAACCCUUUUCCUUUGGGCUGCAGACACUGAAGUCUCUGAAGUGUGUCAUAAACAUGGAGAAGCACCACCUGGUUCUGGGGCAGAUGGACAGGGAAGAAAUCCCGUUUGUGGGCGUUGACAGUGCUGAGGCAGGAGAGCAGUAAGUCUGGGGAGUUUCAGCAGCUUGGAGGCAUAAAGAGAAAUUGAAACACCAUCCCCACGCAGGAGCUUGAUAUCAAAGAAAUCCUGUGCAGCUGUUCCAGAUGAAACAGCAACGUGCUGCUUUGAAAACAUUUGUACUAGGCUACAGCUUGAGUAGAGCUAAAUGAAAUCCUGUUUGUAGCCAGUAAUUUAGAGAUAUUGUCAUGUUUAUCUAUGGGUUUUAAGAAACAAAUGUGUGCUUAUUUUCUGGACUUUUCUAUAUUGUGUCCUCUUUAUUACAAACAGUUGGGAAAACCUUAUAAAUUUCUUCUGAUGAGAAAAAUACUUUUUAUAGUGGCCUCAUAUGAGUAAUUAUACUUAGCUGAGAUUAGAGGCUAUCAGAAUGAGAUUUUUAUUAAUGAUUUUUCCAGGGGCUAAGCAUUUAUAUUCACUUAAUUGAUAUUGCCACAUUCAAAUGGCCAUUACCAGGAAGUUACUCAGAGUAAAAUAACAAUGUUAAUACCAGCUAGGAAUUAUAGCUCAUCCUGUUAGCAUAGUAUUGUUGCCACGUAAUUAUGGAUGCUGCCACGUAAUUUGAUGACAAAGAGCAAUUGCAGAAUUAUUAAUGGUUACAGGCUUCUCUGCAGUGGCGUGGCAGAAGCACAGGGACAGAGUCUGGGAGGGCUCCCAGGGUGAUCUCCCAGUGUGGGGUUGGCACCAGUGCUGGGGCUCAAAACCCUCUGAGCAGGGAUCCUCUGGGCAAAUCUUGGCUGCCUUCCUGUGGGGGUAGUCAAGUAAAUCAAUCAUUACACCGUGCCAAAAAGCAACAAAGGAGCACAGAAGUGUGCUGUCUGGAAAGCAGCAGAUGCAGUGCCCUUGGCUGUCCCUGCCACCAGGAGCUGUGCCUCUCCCUGCCCACCCAGCAGGGAGAGUGAAGCCCCUGCAGCACCCCUAAUUGUAUUUGUGGGGUUCCCAGACGAAGUGAGGAAUGAUGAAUCUGACACCAUGUUCUCAGAAGGCCAAUUUAUUAUUUUAUCUAUGUUACAUUAAAGAAUACUAAACUCAACUAUACUAAAGAAUACAGAAAAGAUACAGACAGAAAGCUAAAAGAAACUAAUGAAACUCGUGACUCUCCAGAGUCCAACACAGCUUGGCCAUCAUUGGCCAAUAAGUCAAAACAAUUCACAUGAAACCAAUGAAACAACCACCUGUUGGAAAACAACCUCCAAACACAUUCCACAGGAGCAAAACACAGGAGAAGCAAAUCAGAUAAUUAUUGUUUUCCUUUUUCUCUGAGGCUUCUCAGCUUCCCAGCUGAGCAAAAUCCUGGGAGAAGGGAUUUUUCCAGAAAACAUGACUGUGACAUGCCCGGCUGGUGCAGGUUAUUGACUCCAGCUGCACUGCAGUGCUGCUGCCAGAAAUGCCAUGUUUUUUAUACCUAUCUACAAAUCGCUUGGGGUCUUAAGUGCAACCCCUGAUGACACUCAGGGGAGGUGGGAGUUUUUGCCAGGAGAAGCACUUCAUGUGGUGUCACUGCCCUGGAGCAGCAGGGUUGCUGCUUCCCGUGCCACACGGUAUUGCCUGGGGGAGCCUGGCCUCACAAACACAGCUUUUUAUGUUUUCAAAACCUGCUGGGAAUGAGUCGCUGUCAUCCGCUGAAGAGGCAUCUCUAAAAUUCAGAAUAAUCUGCUUGUGAUGAUGUGAACUGCUGAUGGCCAGUCCUGCUGGAUCCUUAAGGGAUGCAGUUGUGCUGCUCUGGCAGCUCUGACUUACCAAAAGCGCUUUGGCCCCGGAUCAGCCGCAAGCACCGCCGGCAUUCCCGGCAUCCUCUUGAUGGUUCUGGCUGCGAAUCAGAAGGUUCUGUCAUCUCAUGGCCUUUGGCAGCCAGGGUCCUGCCAGCUGAUCCAGUGUGUGCCCACCCUGCCAUCCCAUGCCUGCCAGAGCAUCUCAGCUGGAGUUUUAUCUCCUGCAGUGGGUUUGAACCUCUUUUCCAUAUUGGGUCUAUCCAGCAAACCUGAACUAUCUGUAUUUUGAGCUAUUUUCUAUUUUGGUGAUAAGUUUCAGUGCUUUCUCUACAUACAGUAUUUUAUAUAAUACAGCUAUAAAUAUAAAUACAUAUAUAUAUAUUUACAGGGUUGGGCUGCCCAGGGUAGUCCCACUGAUGUGUUGUAGAAAUAUUUCACUAAAUAUUAAAUAUAUUUGAUUAUUUUAUAUGCUAUGAGUUUGGUAUUUUGGUACUUUUUUCUUUCUGUGCAUAUUACUGUGCUAAAUGUCAAAUUAAAUCUAAAUAAAGUUACACCAUUA